AACUUCAUUAUACGUUUCACGAUGACCUCCGUUGCCGUGGCUACACGUGAUGUUUCAGGAAGUGUCAGUUUUUUGCAAUAUGGCUGUGCAGAGCUGGUCAGAUCUCCUAAAAACAUCCACGAAAACCGCUCUAAUACACGAUGGGAAAAGGAAGAUACACUAUCUCUUUACAGAUGGGAAAGAAAUGGCAGAAGAAUAUGACUUGACCACAGAUGAGCUCAUUGUACGAAAGUGGCGUUCGAAAAGCACCUUGAAGGGACAGGGACCAUGGGAGAUAGAAGUUGGAGAGCCAGUCCCAUCUACUGUAGCCUGUUUGGAAUCAGAUGUUAUCAAAGAAAACUAUUCAAACCCUGUAUUUAUGCGCAAAGACACAAAGACCAGUUUCCUGUGGAGAGUCCGGAACCUUCCGUACCCCAAAGAGGUCUACAACAUUUCAGUGGAGCCUGAUCAACGAUGCUGCAUCAUACGAACAAAUAACAAAAAGUACUACAAGAAGUUUAAUGUUCCUGAUCUGGACCGAAGCCAGCUGCCAUUGGAUAGUUCCGCGCUCAACUUCACCCAUGCCAAUAACACGUUAAUCGUCAGUUACAAGAAGCCUAAGGAGAUAUUAACCUUUGAGCACGAGCUACUCCGGGAGGUGAAGAAACUGAAGGGAACCAAUGAAGAGGACAUCGACUGCAAAACACAAUGAAGUGCCAAUCUGGAGGGGAUGUCACUCAAACAAGUCGUUUUUGAUUUGCACUGGUGAUACAGUAUCCUGUAUGUUUUCUACUCUGAUUUCUGGUUCUCAAUGGGAUUCCACUAUUGGAAAUAAUUUGCGCAGUGCCUUUUCCAUACUCUCCAUUGUGUUUAUUGCCGUCGAGGCGGGGGGAUGCGGAAUUGAGACAGUGAAUUACAAACAUAGUUACUUGUUCAAACUUGUUCUGUCCAAAAAAUAUUUGAGAAAUGUCACUGCUGUUCUGUAAAAAGUUCUGAAUUGUUGUUGUCGAGAUACGAACAAUUAUUGGGUUUAAUAUGUGAUGUUGUCCUUUGAAGAUGAAUACAAUUCCAUAACAUUGUUAACAACUGUCUCUACAUCUCUCUUUUCCCUUAACUAUGCAAACUAUUAGUUGUUAAAAUAGUCCAAACGCAGAGAGUUCAUCCCCCUCCCACAAUUCUUGGUCUCCUUCCCUUGUAAAACACUUUAACACACAAUGCCUUUUCCCUAUUCUUUCCACACACACAAACACACACACACUGUUCUCGACCGGGUCGCCCUUACAAGCACGUCCCAUUUGUGUUAACUGAAUACCCUUAUGCUCAUGAUUGUGCAGCCCAGAGUAGGCCACCCUGAAAGCCAUUAUGGCCGAGCUAGCCAGUACUAGCAGGUCUUACUGGUCCCCUGAGCCUCGCCCAGUCCUCCAGAGGGUGACUUUACUGGCCCAGAGUCCUCCAACAAAUCCUCACGCAAUCCCCAAGACUGGGGAUAGCCAAGGAUAGGUAUGGAGCUUGGAUGACAGAAGCACUAUAUUACUGGGAAGUGAACAAGUCGUAUGCUUCUUUGUAAAUAUAGGUUCUUGCAUGACAGUAGUACUGAAUUACCGCAAAGUGGAAAAAGGUUGUAGGCUCUUUUGUAAAUCGAGUACCACGGUGAGCCACAAUGAGAAACGUUAUCUGACUGAAUGCUUGCUAACUUUAACCAUCAAACUCUAGAGAGAUGAGUAACAAGACAUUAUAUCUGACUAAGCUAAUAUGACUGAGUUUUGACCAUCAACGUUUGAUUGAAACAAUGCUGCAAAAAAGGAACAAUUUCAUUUAAAUAUAGAUUCCUCUAACCUAGUGGUGAUUCUUUGCAUUUCUGGGACUCUAUGUGCCUAACCAAGUGAGCAGUACAAGGGCUAAACACAGCCACUAAACCACAGGUCACUUGCUAUUGUGCUUUGCGUACUUCCUAAAGGGGAGGAGAUAUGUCAUGGGAUUUGGGAUCCAGAUCCAACCAAAGCAUAAGAUCUGAGAAAAGAAUUCUCAACGAAUUUCUCAAAUCAAGAGUUGCUGUUGGAUUGCUUUGACUUUGUGCUGUCCAAAUAAAAUCUUGGACACGGAAUGAAACGACCAUUUGGAGGGUGAUUUGCGUACACUGCUGUCUUUUCUCAUUUGGCAGAGCAGGAUAAUGCUUCAAUUAAUGUGCAUGAUGUGUCCUAGUAGCAAUUGAGCCAUGAGGAUAGCCACUCAUUUCUCAAUAGGAGUAACAAUAAUAACACAAGUUCAGAGUUUUUAUCCUGUCAGAUUUAUUGAACCUUUUUGAUCACAGCUUUCAGUUGUUCAUUCGUUUGCAAGUCCUCAAAGCUGGCGGCGCUUGGCGCUUAGCUAUACUGAAAAACCAUUCCUCAUAUUUGGAAUCCGGCCUUUAGCAAACAACCAAUAGGACAUCCAGACUUCAAACAGUGAGAAAGAAGAGAGGAAGGGAAUAUAGAGGGUCUGCUCUGAUUCUGUGGUGCAGCCAGGCCGACCGGGUCUUCUU